GGAAGACGAGAUUGGGGAGGAUACGGAAAAGAAUGCCUGAUCCGGUCGCAGAUCUGAUUAUCGUCUUUGCAUAUAUUUGGCUCUGUGGGUCCAUUUCGGCGACAUAUCACCCACCAUCACCCACGCUCGCUCAGAGCCUCCCUGCUCUUGUUCUACUCUUGUCCCCCUCUUGACCGAAGAUUACAGCAUUCCGCUGAAACGUCUUCGAGAAGCCUUAUGUGCUUCACCCAUGUUUCUAUUUAUUUCAGGGGUGUCUGGUUCUCGCGUGCUCUUGUGGCAGUCCAAUGAGUAUGCAUGCCUACGUGUACAAUGUCGACGUUGUCCUGCAUCUGAGGCAUAGCCUCCUGAGGAUACAAUGUACUCACAUUAUGGGUGCUCAUGAAGCCCGAAUAACGGUGUGAGGGAGGGAUGUUGGACAAUUGUUUCCGUUGGCUUGCGCAACCUCAUUCUUCCAACGGAAUUCUCAGACUAGGCUCAAUCAAUCAGGCACUCUCGCUAUCUGCACACAUCUUUUGUCACCUAAACCCAGACUUCUUCUUUUAUCAGCUCUGAAUUCCAUGGAAUGCGACCAUUCAAUUAUUGCUGAUGGGCCGGUCCUCGGCGAUACAGAUCUUCGCGGCUACCAUGACUGAUUUGGCAGUCGUUCUUGGGUACCUUGCUGUAACCUCGAGGACGGACGGCGCUCUCCUGGAAGCGCUCCUGAGAUUUAAAGUGUUCAGUCGUGGCUUCUCAUGGAUCAUCUUCUCUUCACAGAAUCUCCCUCCCCAGUAUGCUGGAAUCCAUCCCAGACGUAUCCGACAAUAUUUUCGAAGUCGACACGCAAGUUGGCACUACGAACAAAUCCUCGCCUUUAUGCCCCGGCAGAGAUCGCCUAGUCGCAGUAUGCUCUCGCAACAAUAAUCGUCAAGUGCAAGUCUGUCCGGAGCACUUUGAGUACGACUCCGUCUUCGCAAACUUUGUCAACGCUCUCCCGGUAGAUAUGGUAUGCAAGUUUGAGUCAAUCCUUAUCCGUACGAUUCUUCGCCAAUGGUCAGUCUAUUUUUUGACAUUUACUGUUGUCUGUGCGCUGAUUGCCCGUAUGUUUCGACGCGACUCCAGCGAUUCUAACGUCCAUGUCCUAACAUUGGAUAACGGUGAUGAAGUUCCCAUCAUCAACAACCGCAACUUCACAUCAUAUAUCCAUACCAAUCACUAUGCAGCAAUACUUCGAGACGACUCUAGCCUCAUCAUUUGGGCUCCUACGCUGCCGAUCGUCGGUGAACAAUACCGCAAACUCGUCUCUCUUCUGCUACCUUACGCCGAGCGCCUUUGGAGGGACUCGGAACGUCGCCACCACAUCGGCCGCUCAACUGGUGUGACCUCACUGUCCGCUUCCACUCACCUCCACUUGUCAAGGCUACAAGGCCGUAGUCUGGACACCAUCCUCGACCAUCGCAAGGACAUAUCCUCGGACCUUCCACCCCUCCCAGGGCUUCCCUUCCUCCAAACCAUCGAGGAAUUCGAUGCGUGGGAUCACGAUUUUGUCUCGACAGUAUUCGACAAAUAUAACUCAGGCGAAUAUAAUAUGGCCAGUCUGUUCCCAGAGGAAUGUAUGACACUCUGGCUACGCGACAUGAAACUUCUUCCUUCAGACAGUCCUCAAGGACCCUUCAGCAGUCUCACGUCCUUCCCCAGCCCAUUAUCGUCGACCUACAGCGAUCCCUCAUCGAGUGAAUCGCAGUACUCUCUUAGUCUCUCCGAUAUCACGCCUCCCAAUGAGUGGUGGACCAUGGAGAUCCAAUCAGAUACAUCAUGUUCGCCGUCAUCUCCGUCCUCCCCGAUUGAGCCAGUCAUCAGCGCUGCGAGCCCCCAGAAGGCUGAAUGCAUCCCUCUGCCUUUCAAGAGCCCGUCAUCCAAGCCCGCGCCUGCACGCCGGUCAUCUCGCGCACCUGUUCCCGUUGUUCGUCCUGUAGCUAAGCCUGCUGCUCCUGCUCGUCGUUCGUCGAAGGCCACCUCUCCUCGAACCACUCGUGCUCCGCGUACCGCUGCCCCUAAAUCUGCAGUCAGGAAGAUCGCACCUCUUCCUUCUCGAUCUCGUCAAUCCAAGUCUCCAGCAGCUAGUAGUACUGCCGCUACUCCGGCUUUCGCAGCCCUCAGAUUGGCUAGUACGCCACCGCCAGCUCGCACUAAGACUGUGUCUCCUGCUUGCUCGCCUUGCACCUCUUCGUCUUCGCUUGCAUCUUCAAGCCCUGCCGGUGUUGCGUCUAGGCUCCGCUCGAAGUCUCCUGGCUCUGACAUCACACUUGUUGACAACGAUGUUGUUAUGGAGGAAGAGAAGCACUCUUGCUGCGAUCACGAAGAUGAAGAUGCAGACUACGUUAACGAUGCUCUUGUUGACGACGACGAAGAUGGAGACUACAUUGAGCAUGACUACGAGGAGAAGAAGUCAAAGAAGAAGUCUGGUCAAAAGUCUAAGGCUCGGGGGGCUGCCGCUAAGGCUGGAACCAAGCGUGGAAGACAACCUGAAGGUGCUGCUUCCCCUUCAAAGAAGCUGCGAACGAAGCUUCUGCUGGAGAUGUCGGCAGAUGAGCUACAGGCGUUGUACCUCCUCGAGCGUAACGAGAUAGGCAGAUUCCCUUGCGGCUGGGGCUGCCACAUGAAGGGGGACAAUACCGUUAUCAAUACCUUCGCACGAAAGGCGGACUCCGUUCGACAUAUGGAUUCCGCCGAUGUCUGCCCUCUGCGCCCCCCACAUGCACCUCCUGCUAAAGUGUUUCCUUGCCCGGUGUGCGACAAGACCUUUGCAAGGGGCGACGCUUGUCGUCGUCAUUUGAAGGCAGUGCACCCCAGGCUCGCAGCCCGUUUUCUCUACAAGAUCCGUCCUUAAUCGAUGUUAUUGUUGUGUCUCUUCUACCUCUUCUAACUCUUCUAACUUGUAUCAUUGCUCUCUUCGCUUGUUUUCGCACCUGUGAGUUGCCUUUGUUUUGUUGCUGCAUCUUCAUCUUCAUCGUUCUGCUUUCGGGCGUUUUGUUGUAUCAUACCUUAUUGUUCUGUACGAGUUGCUCUGAUGCGGUUCGCACUGUAUCAUUCCUGGAUACCUCUCUUGGAUUCGAAUGAUACCCCUGGCGCGGUACAUGCGUCCGCUGAUUCUUUUCCAAACUGUUAAUGCGUGACUGAAUAAUGGCAAAGAACGAGACAAAGUUGGGAAUACCCUGGUUGAGAGUUGCACUCGCCUUUAGGUCAAGUAUCGGGACUAGUGACAGGCGCCCGAGGUAGACAGGUAUGAUGUAUGAAGGUUGAACCUUU